AGUCCUGACCAGAGUCAUAAAUCUUUUUUCGUGUCGUCAAGUCUUUGCUAAAAUAAGGUCCUCAAAUACCUGUUCACUAGUGUAGUGAUAUACUUAUUUAUUAUUAUGCUUAUAGUAUUUUAGUUGUUAUUAAUUACAAAGAAGAUUUCAUUUUGCAAACCCGGUUUACUAAAUUACAAACGAAAUAAUGAACGACAGUGGUUGCAUACACCUAAAUAAUUUUAAGGCUGCAAAGGGAACGAAUCCUUAUAAAAUCGUGCACGCAUUUUUUGUGUCAUGUACAUCAUUUGAAGCCAGAAGAUACAAGGCUACAUCAUGUCUGUGCUUUGCGUGUGGCCAGCCUGGUCCUCGUAUGCAUUCCUGUCUUCAUUGUAUUUAUUUUGCAUGUUAUGCUGGUCAUAUACAAGAACAUGCAAAGACUAAAAAGCAUUUCCUAUAUGUUGAUCUGAGUUAUGGAAAUGUGUAUUGCACUCAAUGCCAGGAUUACAUAUAUGACAGAGAAUUCAAUGAAAUUGCACGGAGUCAUCGUUUAAAGGAAGCAAAAUCUCUUGGAAUGGGCGUUCCCUUCAUGUCCUGGUUACCCAACACCAACGAAGCAUUAGCACUUCGUCGUCUACGCAAGCGUCGCCUCAUCAGUCCUCAUACUACUAUUGGCCUCCGAGGUCUGCAGAACUUGGGCUCUACAUGUUUCAUGAACUGCAUUGUACAGACGUUAAUUCAUACUCCGCUACUAAGAGAUUACUUCCUUGGUGAAAGACACAAAUGUAAGGCACAAGGAUCGGGAAAAUGUUUAGUGUGCGAGGUCUCCAAAUUAUUCCAGGAGUUUUACUCAGGUGCUAAGACACCUUUAACUCUGCACCGCCUGUUGCAUCUGAUAUGGACACACGCACGCCACCUGGCGGGCUACGAGCAACAAGAUGCUCAUGAGUUUUUCAUCGCUACACUAGACGUAUUGCACAGGCAUUGCAUGAACGGAGUCGAGGAUUCCGAGAGGAAAGAGAACGAUCGUUGCAACUGCAUCAUAGACCAGAUAUUCACUGGCGGCUUACAGAGCGACGUCGUGUGCACGGCGUGUUCUGGCGUUUCCACUACCAUCGAUCCGUUCUGGGAUAUAAGUCUAGACGUGGCCGGCCCCGGUUCACUGCAAGCAUGCCUCGAGAGAUUCACCAGGGCCGAACAUCUCGGUUCAGCUGCCAAGAUCAAAUGCUCAAAGUGCCGUGUUUACCGCGAAUCGACGAAGCAGCUCACCCUCGAAACCCUGCCUAUAGUGGCCAGUUUCCAUUUGAAACGCUUCGAGCACUCAUCGCAGAUCGACAGGAAGAUAUCGGCGUUCGUUUCAUUCCCCGCUGAAUUGGAUAUGACGCCGUUCAUGUCGUCGCAUAGACGCGCUGUGGAUGUUGGCGUGGAUAAUAAUAAUGCUCCUGAAGCCAUUUUUGAGGAUAAUAGGUACUCGUUGUUUGCGGUCGUCAAUCAUUUGGGCUCGUUAGACGCCGGCCAUUAUACUGCGUAUGUGAGGCAGAUGAAGGGGAGCUGGUUCAAAUGUGAUGAUCAUAUGAUCACGCGCGCUUCUCUACGGGAGGUUUUGGAUAGCGAAGGGUAUCUUCUCUUCUACCACAAGACUGUUUUGGAUUAUGAAUGUGAUUUAUCUUAAGCACUCGAUGCGAAUAAAUCUUACUACUCAAAUAUUUUGAAAAAAAGAAUCCGUAUCUUAUCUGGUCUUUCAAAUCAUAUCUAUUCAAUGUUUGGAAUGCUUUUAAAUAGAUAAGUUGAGACUUAAUUUUGGAUAUGGUAAACAAAAAGUCAUGUUGCCCUCGUGAUACUAGCAAUUAGAUGGUUUUAAAGGAAAUUCGAUGAGCGUAUCUUAUGUUUAUAUAUAAUAAUAUGUGGAAUCAUUCACGAAUUUGUUAGUGUUAAGCUUUAAUGUAUCUAAAUGUCAUUAAUAGAUUCCUUUAUUAUAAUUGUUGAAUCUAUAAAAGUAAAUACGACUUGCUAAAUAUACCAUUAUAUAUUUCCUGUAGUGUAAGUUAUGCUUAGUAUAGAAGUCUAUGAACGCGAAUAAUACCGAUUCCUUUUAUGAUUUUAUAGGAAAAUUUCAAAUCAAAUUACAAUUUAUAUUAAGAAUCAAUCGUUACAAUGAAUUAUUUGAAUCGUCAAUGAUGUAUCAUUCCUAUUGAAACGGAUAUUAUAAAUGUAUUUUUCUUUUGUUUUAAUAAUGAUUUGAAAUUGAAUUAUGGACAAGUAUAAAUCUACCUCGCUAUUUAAAUGUUUUGUUUGCGUUUUGGUAUGUCCUUGUAAUUUGGUUGUUAUUGGCACGUGUAAUUGUAGUAUGUACGAAGAGUAAGUCUUAAAUCUUUAACUGUGUUUAUUAAUAAAUAAGGUUUAGUGUUAGAGUAAAUUUGUACUGAGACUGCAGUUAGUAUUAGUCAAAAUUCAUAUUAUUAAACAGAGACUUGGCAAAGGUUUACCUAGUACGAGUUUCUACGGGAGUAAUAUUUACUUCUAGAAGGUAGUAGGUUUGCUUAAUCUUCGUAUAAUAUGAAUUUGGAUGAAUACUAAAAUUGCAAUUUUAACGUAAAUUUACUCUGACGCUAAACCUUGUUUAUUAAAAGCACUGUAGACGUUGGUUUCGUGACGUUACUCCUGAAGACGACGUCACUGAUGAAUUUUGCAUUGCAGAAACUUCUUUUGAGGGACUAAAAGUACUGUUGCGCUUAAAAUACUAUUACACUAUCACGGUGUGAUUCUGAAAAUAGAUGUGUAUGUUGCUAUAACUCGUACGAAUUAACAUGACAGCUGAGGUCCUAUUCUAUUUGUCGUCGAACGAAAAUUUCAAAUCGUUCUUAUACUUUUGUUGAAAUUAUAACCAUGAAGAUUGUCGAUGUAUCAGAUAGUGUCAGGUCCUACCUCCCUUCCAUUAUUGAUCAUCGGAAAUUACGUUUGGAGCUGUAUUAGCGUUUCGAAGAUUGAUGAAAUUUAAUUUUCGGUGAAAUAGUAUAGGCUGUCAGGUGUCAUGUUAAUACGUACGAGUAGUAAGUUAACUUUGUAUUUAUCUAUCACACAGAGUAUGUUCUAUAUUGACAAAAAUUGGAUAAGUCCAAAAAUCCCUACUAAGAGAUAUCUGAAUGGGCUUUAAAAAUUUUCGUCGAGCACUUGAGUAAGAAUUCAAUUAUUUUAAGUGAUAAUUCUCUGAAGAGCUAUUUCAAAAUGUAGGUAGUUGUGCAUAUGUGUAUUUAUAAAUCUCUCACGUAUACCAAUUUCUGUGUAUUUAGCAUAGACUGUUUGAAGUAGUAGGUGAACUUUUGACUGAACUGACAUUAGCUUAAUGUGAUAUUUAAUAUUUAUGACGUAUAAAAAAUGUAGUUAGUUGUAUGGACUUGAUUUUCAGAUGGUAGUAGACAUUUUAUUUUUAUUAAUUUUAGCUUGAGCCGGCGCUGGCAAAUUGUGAAGUUCUGAUAGCUUUAAACGUAGUAAAGUAGGUGUGAAAAUAUUUGUAAAUAUUAUUUCGGUAAUAAAAUACUCGAACAUUUUUUUUUUGAAAAUCAUUGUUUAUAAAUAUAAAAACGUCUUAUUUUAGCCGUUAUCUAAUUUGUCAGUUAAAUAUUUAAUUACAAACUUCUAUGUUUGCUAGCGCUCGCUCGGAAAUGAUAUGAUUUGCAUUUAAUAAUUUAGUGAAGUUGAUCCGAGCCUAAUCAAUUAUUAUCUAUUAGUCCAUAUUAUGGUCAUGUGAUAAAUUUGAAAAAAAAAAUACGAUUUAAACAUUUGUGAUUUUCAUUUAUCGAUGUAUGAAAUUCUAAUAACAGCAAGCUUACAUUAAAAAUACCGAAUUCCAAUGACAUGUUAAAGCAGGUAAAAAUCGAGUUAAUAAUAUUAAGAUUACUAUAUUACUUGAUGUUACAUAAAAUAUAAUCAUGGAUUGUCGUUAUAAUCUAUCUUCCAGUAGAUAUUGAUCUAUUUUAUUCAAUAAUAAUAUUCAUCGAUGUUUAAAUGUGAAUUAAUGCAUCAAAUAGAUGUACCCAGUGUUCCCAACCGUACGAUAAUUAUGGCACGUGGACGAAAGCCUACUAUUAUCGUUCGCGGAUUGUACGGUAAUUUCAUUAUGUUGCAAACUUUUAAAAAUUUCCUUUUUUUCUACCAUAACAGUAACGGCCAGUAACUUGUUGAUUUAUUCCUUUCCUUUGUUCAUAGCACGAUCUAAAUAGCUACAAAUACGAAUCCAAAUUUGUCCGUAGACUCGAGAAAAUUUAUAAAUACGUUUGCUCAAUACUCUGACAGCUAAAUUGGAAGGGCUUUCACCCAUUUAGCGAUGUAUGUCGCCAGAGAUAUGUGAACUUCACAAAUAAUGUUAUGAAUAUUACGCAUGAUUUAUCUUCCAAUACCUAG